AUGUCUGAGGUCAUCUCACGGCCAUCUGCCUCACGCGGCAGAGGCUCCGGCCGAGGUGGCAGAGGGGGUUUCGCCGGCCGAGGCGGUCGCAGAUCCAAUGGCGAGAACUUCAAGGCUGACGACAACUUGGGCACGUUUGAGGACGAGGGCGAGUUUGCCGAGCUUCGAAAGCAAUAUGGCGACAAGACUUUGGUGAUCCGCGAAAUGUUCCCCGACUGGUCUGAACCCGAUGUCCUCUAUGCUCUCAAGGAAACAAACGGCGAUGAGACCGAGGCUGUGACACGAAUGGCUGAAGGCACCAUCUCUCAGUGGGGUGAAGUCUCCAAGAAGACAAAGACCGCUCGUACCAAGGCCAAGGACACAUCCUCUGCACCCGCCAACACCGAACUGUCUUCCAGCGCUCGAAACACCCGUGGAGGUCGUGCUUCUGACGGAGCUCCUCGUGGCGGCCGAGGCAGGGCUACAGAUCGAGGUGGACGUGGUGGACGUGCCAGGUCGACUCAUCCUACCAACGGAUCUCGACCCAAGGAUGGCCAGCAGCUUUCUGUGCCCACCGAAGAGUCCCCCGCAUACAAAGAUGACGCUGCCAACGGACUUGAAGAGAAGAUCCCCGUGGUCGCUGAGACGGCUGCCGUGGCCGAACCCGCCAAGGCUGCUGUUCCUCCGGUCAAGACUUGGGCUAGCAUGCUCCGACAGUCGAUUCCUCCCCCCAAGAUCGUGCCCGCAGUUCCCAAAGAAGUUGCUGCUCCCAAGCCCGUCGAACACGUCGAACCCGAACACGCUCCCGAACCCGCCCCAAUUGAAGCUGAACCCGUCAAGCCCGAGGCCGAAGAGAACGCAGAGAACACUCCAGUUGCUGAGCAAGCAACUCCUGUUGCCGCUCCCGCAGCCACAGAACCCGCUGCCAUUAUCGCUCCUUCUCAAGAUGAGCUGACGGAAACCAAUCUCGAACAAGUUGUUGAUGUCUCCCAGCCACCUGCAACAGAUACUGCUGCAAGCACAGCUGCUGACUCUUGGGACCCUCGACAGAGCCCCCCGAGCGCUACUGCCACGCCUCUCUCAGCCGCCCAGCAACAGCACCAGGCUCAGAAGACCACUUCUAGCGGCUAUGCUGCCACGGCUUUGAAGGCGACUACCGAGCGAGUCGCGCCUCGCACUCCUAGCUUCCAACGACGAGUUCUUCAGCAAGAAGAGGCUGUCCGCAUGCCCGGCAACCGAGAGGUUGAUCGUGCUGCUGUUCAGUUUGGUGCCUUUAACCUCGAUGACGACGAGGAUAUUGAUGGCGAGCGCGAAGAACCAGAGACUCGAGCUCAACCCCCCGCCGAUUCACCUGUUGCCAUUCCCCGUACUUCACUUCCUCCGGCCUCUCAGCCUGUCGCUGUGCCGGAAACCUAUGCUCCUAAAGCCACGACUGCACCCCCUCCCGGAAUGACACCUAUUGCUGCUGCAGCCACUUCAGCCCAGGCUCCUAUCUCCUCUCAGACUCAACCUCCCAUCCCUAACAUUCAGCAAUACGGUCGAUUUGGCCAGGCUGGCCCUCAAGACGUCUCCGCGGCUCAGCAGAAGCCCCUGGACCCGUUCAACCAGCAAGCUCCCUCGCAACCACCCUUUGACAACUUCACGGCUCAGACCUCUCAACCUCCCGCACAGCAGCCUGGUGCAGCUUUCAGCUCAGCUCCCAGCGACUACUCCGCCUACUACACUGCUAACCAGCAGGAUCGAAACCCAUAUGCCUUUUACGGCCAGCACUAUGGCCAGCAGGGAGCACAUGCCCAACCCGAGGGCGUUCCCUCGCAGCAGCGCCCCUUUGGAGGCUACAAUGCCUCCCAACCCGAUAACCUUAGCCAGUACCCGCAGAGCGGCUCUGGUCACAACCAGCCAAGAUUCGGUGGCAGCAACGAGAACCAGAACAGCGGCCACUCCACCCCCAACCCCGUCACUCAGGCGCAACAGCAACAGCCUCAGCAGCAGGGAGGUCCUGGCUCGCAGCCUCAGGCUCACGGACAAUACGCCGGAUAUAACCACCCGUACUACAGCAACCCUUACUACCAUCAGUACUACUCUGGAUACGGCCAAGGGGGAUUUGGACCCUAUGGCAAGGGUGGCAUGUACGGACAACCCUAUGGUGUUUCGCCUAAUGCGCCCUACGACCAUACCUCGUCCCCCGGCACUUUUGGCCCUUCAUCUCUCCACAGAGACAGCCCUCUUGGCUCCGGCCUUGGUGAAUACGGCCGUGCCGGCUCUGCUCAAGCAGGCAGCCAGCCCGGUCUAGGAGGCAGCAGCUUUGGCAGCACGCACGACAGCUUCUCUCGAGGUGCCUCGUCUUUCCAAUCUCAGGGACAGUCAUUCAGCAGCCAGGCCCAGCCAAGCACUGGAGCCUCGGCUGACGAGCUGAAGCCGUUUGGUGAGAGCAAGGCUUCUUCUGGCCCCUCGCCCUCUCUCGGAGCCCCUCGGCCAGGCUCUGCCACAAACACUGCUCCCGGUGCGCAAAGUGGCGGCCUUCCGCCUCCUCAGACAUCCCAGAUGAGCGGUGGCUACGGUGGCUACCAAGGCCACCUUCAAGGCCACGGCCUUCACGGCAGCGGCGCAUACGGCAUGGGCGGCGGCGCCGGUGGCAACCAGCACAGCACCCCUUAUGGGUCUUACGGCCAGGCCGGAUUCGGCAGCGGAGGCUACUACAGCACCGGCCAGCAACAGCAGCAAGGUCAGCAACAGCAGCAGCAACGCGGCGGCUGGGGCGGAAACUACCAUUAG